AUGGAAAAGAAGGAUUUCCCUCCGCCCCCGGCAUACGACGAUGUGAUGUGAGUGCGCCACCUCUUGUUUACGUGCAGUUUCUCGAUUCUUUAGAACAGAGCAGCCUCAGCCCAGUUGCCCAUCCGUCAGCCCAUCGCCUCCAGUCUACGCAAAAGACCCGCAAAGCUCGUCAGAUGGCGGUAUCUUCACGGUCCUGCCGCAGCUCCAAGACAACAAUUUUAUGGCGCGGCCGGAAAUCCGAGAGUAUGGAGAGCCGAAAAAAGAUGAAGACGAGAACAAGAAUGGCAGAGGAUGCUGUUGCGACGAUGGCAAAACCAAUCGCAACGACUGCUGCAUGGAUGCUUGCGAGUGCUGUUUUUGCUGUUGUCAGGUAUUCUACAUAUGUGCCAUCUGUUUCCAAGCCUGUGCACAUUGA